AUGAACGAUGAACGUCCGCCGGCGGCUGUUGUUCAUGCAAAAUCAAGCCCAACGGGUGAAGAAAAGCAUCGAGAGAAUGAUUUUAAUUAUUCGAUACGGUAUAUACGAUGGCUACUCCGAAUUCUCGGUAUUUGGGACCUCAUCGUAACAGAACCAACGAGAUUCGAAAAAUACUUGUCGAAAUUAAUUUUACCAUUUGCCUCGAUAUCGAUGAUAACGCUAACCCUACCGGUUUGUUGUCACAUUAUUUUACGACCGGUAGAUCAUUUUGAAAUGAUUAUAUUGCUAGGGCCAAUUACAUUUCAAACGGCGAAUAUUAUAAUGCAUUUGGUAUUGGUACUUCGCUCGCGUACGCUUGGUCUUUGUAUCCGACACAUGGAGAAGGAUUGGCGGGGAAAUAUCGAAAAUCCAAAAGAGCACGAUAUCAUGAAGAAACACGUACGUUUUUCACACCUUUCAACGGUUGCCUGUAUUUUUUUUAUGUACGCAAGUGCGAUCGCGUAUUUCUUGAUAAUGCCGUUGUUGUCGGGGACUCGGUUGAACGCGAAAAACGAAACUGUCAGACCACGACCAUUCCCGGGUACAGACAUUUUUUUAGACGUUCAAGCCAACGUCAUUUACGAAUUGAUAUUCACAAUGAACUUUAUGUCGGGUCUAUUUCAUUAUACCGUCACGACCGUCGUUUGCAUUCUCGCCGUUGUACUCGUCAGUCAUACGUGUGGACAAAUUCGAAUCGUCGUAUGGAAUCUUGAAGAUUUUUCCAAUCAAAUAACCGAAAAAACUAACGCUGACGACCGCGUCAUCAAAGAGCGAAUCAGAAUCAUCGUGAAAAAGCAUGUUCGAUUGAUCAAAUUUACCAUAACUAUUGAAGAAGCUUUGAAAGAAAUAUUUUUGAUGGAAGUCGUAGCUUCGACGCUCAUCAUUUGCUUCAUCGAAUACGAUAUUAUAAUUGUAGCGGAUCAGAAUAAUAGUGAUUUCAUGGGUACAUUUACGUAUUUGAUACUGCUUAUCGCAUUUGCCUUCAACUUGUUUUUAUUCUGCCGAUUCGGUGAGGUCUUGAGAGAACAGAGCGGAGAAAUCGGCAAAGUUGCGUACACCGUCGAUUGGUACCGACUACGAGGAAAGACUAAACUCGCAUUCAUGAUGAUAAUACACAUGGCCAAUACUCCCUGCGAACUUACCGCUGGAGGAAUGAUGGAACUCUCAAUUGCCAGUUUUGCAAGUAUUAUAAAAACAUCUCUCGCAUAUUUUAAUAUGUUGAGAAAAAUGGGCCAAUAGGUAUCAGCGUUGAUUAAAAGUGUAGCCAAAAAUGCUUGCUUCACCACGUGUAUGCAUAAACGUAGUCGGUUGAGAGCGCCGAAUUUCUUUUUAUAAUAGCGAAUAAAAUAUUGUAACGGAUGCGUUCAACUUUUCAAGAUAAU